GUCGCUCAAAGAUCCCGGGCGGUAGCCGCGGUAGCUAAGGUUGGCUUGAAGUUUGGCUUGGCUUGCCCAAGACAAGCCAUCUUGAUUUGUUUACCGACUUUGAUUACUCUCCAAUGAUAGCUAAAUGUUGUCAGUGUGCUCAUUGUCACGGUCGUCAAGAUAGCAUUUGUCGCUUGUUUAGCAGUUGAAGUUCAGACAAACUCGUGCCGGUAUGUACAGCCUCGGGGCGCCAAACAGAGCCAGCCGUGACCAGUGGUCCGCUGUGAAGCCCGCGUAGAGCAUGGAGGAUGAUCCGGACGCGAGGGAACGUGUCUUCCACAAUGCAGUCCGAGAAGUUCUGAUCCAUUUCCUGUUCUUCCUGGUGCUGUACAUCUUUGCGUUCUUGCUCAUCUCCAAGUUCAAAAAGCGGAAGGAGUACUACUUUGCAGAUGAUGAUGAGGAUGCAGUCGUCUACCGCAUUUCCCUCUGGAUGUGCCACUUCAGCCUGGCAGUGUCCCUCGGGGCGGCCCUGCUGCUGCCAGUGUCCAUUGUCAGCAACGAGGUUCUGCUGCUCUACCCAACCAGCUUCUACAUCCAGUGGCUCAACAGUUCCCUCAUCCACGGUCUCUGGAACGAGAUCUUCCUCUUCUCCAACGUGUCCAUCUUCAUCCUGCUCCCUUUCGCCUACCUCUUCACCGAGUCCGAGGGGCUCCCAGGAUCCCGCAAGGGCCUGGUGUCCCGUCUGUACGAGACCUUCCUCGUCUUCUUGCUGGUGGCCGCCCUCCUGUUCGGCAUGACCUUCCUCCUGUCGGCCAUCUUGGACUACGGCAGGGCCAGCAUCCACUCCCUCUUCGCUCUCUGGAGCGGAUACCUGCCUUUCCUCUAUUCGUGCCUUUCCUGCUUUGGGGUCAUGCUUUUACUCAUCUGUACACCUGUUGGCUUUGCAAGGCUCUUCACAGUCAUUGGAGAACUGGUGAUCAAACCGAGGUUCCUGAGGGACAUUGAGGAGGAGCAGGCGUGCACCCUGCUGGAGGAAGAAGACCUCCACAGGAAGCUCCUCAGCCGCCAGGAGUUCCAGAUCCGCCCGGCGUACGCCAAUGGUAGCAACGGGACGGCAUCCGUGGAGCGGAGGCUGCGCCAGCUCCAGAGGAGGCGCCAAGAACUCGGCAUCCAGCGGUCAGCCUCUCCCUGGAGACGUAACCUGGCCUACCCGGUGGCCAUGCUGCUGCUGCUGGGGCUCACGGGCAUCUCCCUGCUGAUGGUGGUGCACAACACGCUGGAGCUGCUCGUCGGCAUCAAGGCCCUGCCCGCGUCCCCACAAGUUCGGCAGUUCUCGCUGGGCAUCAGCUCCCUCUCGGCCUUGGGCAUCUUUGGCUCGGCCCUGGAGGUGGUGCUCAUCUUGUACCUGUGGCUGGCCUCGGUGGUAGGCUUCUACUCGCUGCCGGGCUUCUGCCGCCUGCGUCCCCAGCCCCGGUCGGCCAGCCUGACCCAGGUCAUCGGCAACUGCGCCGUGCUGCUCCUGCUCAGCUCCGCCCUGCCGGUCAUCUCUAGGACCCUGGGCAUCACCAACUUCGACCUGCUGGGGGACUUUGGGCGCAUCGAGUGGCUGGCCAGCUUCCCACUGGUGCUGGCAUACAACGUGGUGUUUGCGGUGGCAGCCGCCACCAGUCUGGCCACCAAAAUGACGGCGGCCAUGCGCCGGGAGCUGCUGGGCCGCCUGGCCGCCUGGGGCAAGGACGACUGACCCCUCGUCGGGCGGCCAUGUCGAGCGACGGUAGCUUGUGCCGGACGUCCGAGCGACGGCAGACAGGAUGACACCAUCUUUUCCCCCCGGGUGGAGAGGAUUUGCCACGCAAGGCAGCUUGUGCUCGCCUCACGCUUGGCACAAAGUGCGCGAAGGACGUUCCAUACGCCUUUGCUGGCACGGUUUGCUUCCGGGUCUUUUUGCACCGCACCACAAUGUCCGAGUCAUAUUUCUGACAUUCCGAGUCCUUGUUAUUUGCCUUAUUUAAGCACUUUAUCUGCCACUUAGGAAAAAGGGCCUUGAAAUGGCCUCUAGUUAAGCGAUUGUUCGGUGCUUACUCGUUAGUGUACGAAAUACCUUGUCGAAGGAAAGUUUUUUUGUUGCAUGUAUUUUAUGCGCCUAGUAAAAUGUAUUUGUCUAAGCAAUUUGAAUGUAACAGGAACAUCCUCAUCUUUGUUUGUGCACGUAACUUUUUUUUUUUUGCAAAGAGUGGAGAAGCAUAUUGUUACGAGCUUCGGAUAAGUUUUCAACUUCUGUUCUUACUCAAUUUGGCUGUAAGAUACCGUUCAAACUGUCACACAGGAAGCAUCCGAUACUUUAGACUCCAAUAUUUUGGUGACCAGCUAGAGAGCAAAGACAUAUCAACUCUCCUUUUUGUCAAAAAAAUAUUGCCUCAUUGUGCCCAUGAUCUCGCUCUUCGAGCUUGGGCAAUGCAAGUUCACUCGAGACUAGCUCGCCAGCCAUACGGCUCUGGCUCUAAUGGCUUGCGAGACCAGUCAUGGGCAGGCUGGGUCAUUGUUUCAAAUUUGCAACACGAAAGGUUAGACAUUGAUCCCAUCUUUUUUUUGUUUAUUUUUUUGUUCACGAGCAAUGUAUUCACGUUUUUGGUUUUUCACACUUGCAUCCUCAGGAAAAAGAGGAUGGAAAACUUCAAAGUGAAAGAAAAGUCAUUUGCACCCAGACCGACUUGCCGGGGCUGGUAUCUGGCAGUGGUUGAAGCAUGGUGCCUUCUUGAUCGCUGGAGCAGGUUCUCUGUGGGCCCAACCAGUGUUAUCAGUUUAGCAAUUUUCCCGCUAAAUUUGGCAUUGUUUUUUGUCGUUUAGUGGGAGAAACGGCCGUCUUGCGGGCGGCCGGAUUUUUAGCGGAUUUCAAGUCAUGUUGGCAUUUUUUUUGGCGGUCCCAAACGUUCACGAAUUUACAUUUAUGGAUCCUAAAUAACUCGGCGGUAAGUCACAGUCAUAGGGUGGUCAUUUUUGCGUACUGUCAACAAAAUGGUUGUCAGUGAGAGUAACGCUCGCGACACCGUCGAGUUAAAACCUCGAAUUUUGCAACUGAUUUGUGCGCGAAUGAAUUAGUUUUCAAGUUUGCCAUACGAGACGAGCCCAGUAAGCUACGUGCUGAAAUUCAGAAAACGGAAUUCUAAGCUCGGAGCCCAGUUACUGGUAGCUUCAAGCGACGUUAGAUGAGUCGGCUACCCCGACAGCUUUCUUCAAUGCGGGUGGUCGCUGAAGCUUGGAACCAAAUGUUCCGCCGAAGAUGGGAACGAUGGAGGUAGACGUCGUCAGGCUAGACGCCUGCUAAGAGUGUGCAACGCACAUUGUUUUAUACAUGGAACCAAUCUGCGUCGAACAAGUUGGCUACCUUCUAAGACUCUUUAGACUAAUUAUAGCAGCGGCCCGAAAUUUAGCAGUUUUUCGAGAUUCCCAUCGGGGUUUUUUUUUUAAGUUUGCAACACUGCUUCCCCCUGCUCCAGGAUGGGUGGCCAGGUAGGGCUGGCUUUUCCUUCAACUCGAGCCCUCUUCUUCCUUUUUUCCGAGUUAUUUUCUUAAACGAUUAAACACUCGCUUCCCGUCUCUGGGGUUGCCUGCCCUUUCCCCGUCUCGACAUCGCCGUGGCAAGCGUUUUGUCGGUCGUUGUGCGUCCACUUAAAUUAUUGCCCUAAAUGUCUUCAUGCAGCUCUGCGAGAGACUCAGUUUUCCUAUUAGCACGGGGAUUAUGGGACUCUCUUCAAUUGUGGCACGAGCAUCUCUUGACACAGUCUAGAAAGAAACAUUCCUUGGCCUUUUGGGUCAGGUGCUGUUCAGAGACUGCGUCUAGUAAAGGCGUUUUUGCCGGUAAAAUUCACCGACUGGCAUCGCCUACUUCGGCAGCCGCAUUUCUUUGUUUGUUCUACGGAGAUGAAAUGAGCAAGGCCGACAUCUCGCAGCCAAAGGGGUUGGAGUGCAUUCCGAAAGUGAGCAGAAGCGAGAUCUUCCUAGCGGGCACCGUUGGGGCAACGAGGCGAGUCGAGAGGCCCACAAUGGCGCGAGAGAACCCUCGCCGCCCUUUUCCACGCAUUCGGGUGCGUCCACCCACUUGAUCAGGCUCGGCAGAUUUGCUGCACCCGUUAGGGUGCCCAAAACGAGCUCUUUGGGACGUCGAACCUCUAUUGGGCCGUUCGUCUCAAUGAUGCUGGCCCAGAAGGUGGCACCGAUUUGAAGACCACUGCUCUUCUUGGUCCAGUUGGAACCUGGCUUACUGCAGGUGACUUUUAAGAUGUGUAAACUGUAGUAAUCUUGUUUUAACUUUUCAUUUCUCCUGCUGCUGAUUUUAUCGCUCUCGAGGAACAUGCAAAGGAGCACUUUCCUUAUUGCUCAGUAUUGUGAGAAAUCUAGUCCAUUGUAAGAUGUGAUAAUUCCUUUUUGUUUUAAUGUAUCACCACGAGCCACGGAGAUUAUAGUUGAGCUUUACUGUUUGGGCAAAUUUCUGCAUUGAGGGAGGACACUACUUGGGAAGGUGAACUUGGAACAUCAAAUACUGUGCCCCUAAUGGGGGCAACGUCACAUUAAGUUGAAGGUACUGCAGCUUUUCGUGACAAAAGUCCAUGAAAAUGCAGAAAGUAAGCCCGCAGCUGCAUUUGUUGCAAAAUUUCGGUAGAGCUGCUUGGAAAACUGGCUCCACACAUCAAUUGAUUAUCAAAUGAUGGUUUCAAUCAAACUCAGAUUUUAUGCCAAAAAGUGAAACUGAAAAGGAAAUGUGUUAGAAAGUUUGGAAAGUUGCACUUUAGAGUGCCGGCACGUCUGAAAUAAUUUAUUCCGGAAAAAUACUUUAGUUACAGGAGUAAAAGUUUCUGACACCAUCCAUGAGGCUAUAUUGGAAAGCUGAUAAAGCUAGUACUUUUUUUUUUUUUAAUUUAAUUUUAAGGUAGUGUCCUUCCUUAAUAGAAAAAUUGGGCAGCAUAGGUGUGAAACGAUCCGAGCGCAUAAAGUCGGUGGGUGAUAAUGCGCGAGUAUUGUAAGGCUCAUUCUGGGCAAUAACCUGACAUAUGCUCCGAUCAAAGCUAGUAAGAGUUGUGGCAACGGAGGAUUGCUUUACGGUGACGAGGACGGCUGGUUCACGUGGCGAGCAAUCCUCGUACAAAAUUGCCGCAACCUUUUCUGAAAACUGGCCCGGGUGGCAGGCUGGAACAGGCUGCCACCGGGACAUUCUGGGACAGCAUCGAAAGUAUGAAAGGUCUUGAAAUCUGUCUCGGUUAAUCCUCGCUCAAUUUUCAAACCAAAACGAUCCUUGGCAGUUUCGGAUGGUCUAAUCUGGGCAGUUUAGGGGGUUUUGAGAACAAAAUAGGCACUUCAGCAAUAUUUUGCGAUGCCACGUUACCUGGGGGAGUGACUCUGCGAUGCAGAUGCCGGUUUGCUCGGAACAAGCCACGGAAGAAUCGUUGCGGAGAGAAAAGAGCGUCGACGCGCGCUUUGGAAAUGCACGCCUGGGAGCAGUCAGCUUAGAAGGCUUCUUUGGCUCGUUUUGAGUGGGAGCUGUGUUGGCAAGAACAAGAGGCUCCGAGGAGGCUGUCCAAUGGGCGGUGCAGCGACUGCGCACUGGUGCACAUGAGCCCAUGCCUCCUGUGUUAUCUAAUGAAUGCAGUGUUUGCACAGUGUGUUCACUAUUAAUAAACAACUAUUUUUGUAUUUCAACGGCAUUCUAAUGAAGCGUAAUAAAGCUUUCUGAAAUCCAA